UUGCAUUCAUAUCGUAAUAUCUCUAUUUUGUAACUAUCAGUUUUAUUAGAAACACAUAUUAUUAUACAUAUAGAUUAAAUUACAUUAAAAUCUCUUUAAUUGUAGUUUUUUAAAUAUCACGUCUAAGCUAUUAUAGAUAAAAUAUUCGUUUUCCGUUUUACGUAAAAGAAUAUUUUUUUAAAUACUAUUUCCAAGAAAAUUUUAGUUCUCUUGCAAAAUAAUUCCCCUUUGCAUCUGUACGUUACAGCAUAUGGUACGUUAAUGUAUAAUGCAAUCGAUAAUUAUUACCAUCGGUUUACCAGAAAGAAUGUGUUACAAGAAAUCACCAACAUGUUAUUAGUUGAUAUACUGAGUAUUAUUUAUUAAAUAUUCUAUGUUCAAAUAAUAUCCUAUACAUAUCCCACUAUUGCAUCAGUUGAAUUAUAUUUGGUUUGAUUCCUAAGAGAAAUAGUUUCUUGAAACUAUGUUGAAAUACGUGACUCCAGAAAAGGGUAUUUAUAUUGUUUGGCUUAGUGUAGCUUUGUCUUUUUGUUGGCCACUUCCUGCAAGUAGUACCAGAAAACAAAUUGUGUGCAUAAAAAUUUUACAGAUUAGUGCUAUAAUUAGCGCUUUUAUGGUACUCUUACCUUUAAUUUACGCAAUUCACUUGAAUGUACACAAUUUAAUCAAUCUUUUCAAAUGUAUCUGUUUAUUAAUAUGUGUGUUUCAAAAUAUUAUACAAACUAUCAUAUGUUUCAUAAAAUAUGAUGUUUUACAAGUAAGUUUUUAUUCAUUUAUUUUAUUAUUUGAUUAAAAUGAUAUAUAUCUUAAUUACAAGUUAUAGCGUGUAGUUGAAGAAAUGAUGACCUGUGUUAAAGAAGAACAACUACAUAAAAUUUUAUGCAUAUAUGUCAAGAAAUGUAAUAUUUUCUACGGCGGAACUAUUGUGUUAACAUAUGGAGCUGCAACUGUUUUUGUACUAGGACCAACAUUCUUGCCAAUUUCUUUUCCAUGGGAAACAGAAUAUCCAUUUCAAAUUAAUGAUACUUCAAGAAAUAUUAUAUACGUCCACCAAUUUUUCUUUACUUAUCAAUGUGCUGCACAUAUUUGCUUAAGCUUAUUUGGAGCACUUCUUCUUUGGUUUGCGGCUGCAAGAUUUGAAUGUUUAGUUGAGGAAUUACAGAAAAUUACAAACAUCGAUAUGCUGAUCGUUUGUUUUAAAAAAUUAUUAUUUUUAAGAAGAUACGCAGAGGAAGUGGUGAACUGUAUUCGUUUUUUGGUAUUUUAUGCUAUCGCAGUAGGCACAUUUAUGUUGACUUUAUCUGGUAUUAUAAUGAUUAUAAAUUCGCCAACACUUGUAAAAAUUCAAUUCAUAAUCAUAUGUAUGUCUUCUCUUAUGGAAAUUUACAUGUAUGCAUGGCCAGCUGAUCACAUGCAAGAUACAAGUGUAAACAUUUUACAAAGUGCAUAUAACUCAAUAUGGUAUGAACAGAGCUUAGAUAUGCAAAAGAAUUUGCUGAUUAUAUUGAUGUAUCAAAGACCAGUAAUUCUUUCCAUUAAUGUUCUGUUACCAGAGCUUACUUUACGUUAUUAUUGUUCGUACGUGACAAAUGCUUUCUCUGUUUUCACAGCUUUGCGAGCUGUGGUGGAAGAUAAGUGAAUAUAAAUGCAUUUCAAAUCAUUGUAUAAUGAAGUCUUCAUCAUAUUAAUAAUAAUCAUUAUGAUAGUCAUCAUUAGAAAAUAUGAUAAAUGAUCAUGAGCAAAUUCUAUAAUUAUUAAAGUUAUCAAUAUUCUUAUAUUAUUGAAAAUAAAUAUGUUUAUAUAUCUAUACAUUAAUUUUUUGUAUUAACAAAACAUAAAGUUUAUUAAUAUUUCAGUAUACUUAAUUAAAUAAAAUUAUUGUAUUAUACAAAAAA